GUUAAAUUUGUUUUAAAAAAAUAUAUAUAUACAUCGUGGUGUCGUGCUUUGUUGUCUGGUGAUGGAGUAGGAUGCGUUACCUGCUGUGGGUGGUGUUGCUGGCGACUGCCGUGGGUGGCAGGAGGCGCCAUAACAAGCCCGGCCGGGCGGUGCUGGACCGGCUCGCGAGCACGACCGUGAGUGAUGUGGACACGGUCACGAGCGCAGCGGUUAGCGGCUUGUUGCCCGCUCCGCUAGACGUCGCGCCGUACUCUGUGAUCGCGGCCAAUGCGACUUGCGGAGAAGAUGGAGAAGAAGAAUAUUGUCGGGACACGCCGGGAAAGCGUGGAACCGUCUGUGAUAUCUGCGAGGGUCCGGACGGCUCGUCUUUCCGCAGACAUCCGCCAUCACACGCACUGGACGGAGACACUUCAACUUGGUGGCAAAGUCCUACAUUGGCUGCAGGCGAGCAGUAUAAACACGUCGAGUUAAUCACAACUUUGCCAGACAAAAUGGAACUGCUCCACGUCAUCAUUAAGUCAGGUCCGUCACCUCGACCCUUGGCCUGGUCGCUCGAGGUAUCCGCAUCGGAAAGCGGCGAAGACUGGCGCAUGAUCCGAGCGUAUGGAGACAAAGACCACUGCAAGAAAAUUUGGGAUUUGCGACCAGAGCGACGGAGGAGGAAAGCUAGGGCGGCAAAGAGAAUUAAUAGAGCUCAUAAAAUUAGUUGUUCUACACAAUUUGCUAAUUAUAAACCAUUAGAAAAUGGAGAGAUGCAUGUGGCUGUCGGCGAAGGAGUAUCAGCUCGAAGAGUUCGUAUAUCGUUUCGCGGCGCUCACCCGACUCCGUCUCGGCAGCAGUACUACACCGUGCGAUCCCUGACGUUGGCGGCGAGAUGCUUGUGCCAUGGACACGCCCAGCGAUGUGCUGUCGAUAAUAAAGGUGCGAAAUGCGAAUGCUUGCAUGCUACGUGUGGAUCUCAUUGCCAUCGAUGCUGUUCUGGUGGAUCUUGGGCUCCACACAAAAUCUGUGAUGAGACGCUGGAGUGCCUCUGCGGAGAACGGGGACAGUGCUCUUUCGAUGACACUGGCGCUACUCUGUGUCUUAACUGUACGGAAAAUCGUGGUGGACCAUCAUGCGACAAAUGUUUAUUCGGAUAUUACAAUACGGUGUCGGACGGGCCCUGCGUGCCCUGUGACUGUGACCCUGAAGGAUCUGAUGGUUCCUGCGAAUGGGACAAUAAGCGUCACCGAGUAUCGUGCAACUGUCUUCCUGGCUUCACCGGUCACCUCUGCGACUCCUGCGAGUCCUCGAACGCUGUUUUUCCUUUAUGCCAUGACAUCCCCACCGAACCGCCGUGCAAAUGUGACGUCAGAGGCAUCGUGGAUCCCACAAGAGAGUGCGAUGAAGUCUGUGAAUGUAAACUCAACGUGAUAGGAGAGCGAUGCGACACGUGCGCUUCUGGACACUUUGGGCUCAGCUCUGACCUGAGGGAAGGUUGCAGACCAUGCUAUUGUUCACACGUUACAGACAUCUGCGAGCUCGCUGCACCAGACCCCAACACCCCUCAUGAUAUAGUCCUGCCGCUGGGCGAAGCGUGGAUGAUCAGCGAUUCCAUAGCUAACGAGACGCUGGAACCAUCACUGGAUGAACAAGGGAAACCUUUUGUCAUUAGUUACGAGGUAGAAGGGUGGGAGAACUUUUACUGGUUGAGCAGGUCUUUCAACGGUGAACAAUUUGAUUCGUAUGGCGGAGAAAUCAGAGCAAGCUUAUUCUGGGGCGUAGUGCGUGGUGAUUCCGGAGGGAAUCCUACCGUUGGUCCUGAUGUGAUGCUGAUUUCUGCUGAUGGCAGAAUGCUAGCGUACGCAAACACAACCCACGAAACUCCUGGACAGCUGGAGUUAUCCGUACCACUGAUCGAAGGGAGCUGGUACGUGGUGGGAGAUGAUGAACCUUGCAGCCGUUUGCAGCUGAUGGACGCGUUGCGAGAUCUUCGAACUCUCAUGAUUAAAGCUCACUUUCAUAUGGACCAGGAUGAGAUCCGCCUGGAAAACGCUGAAAUCCGUGCCCCCGUGAAGCCAGUUAGCGAGGUGUGCUCUUGUCCUGCGGGGUACACUGGAGUCCAGUGCUCAUCGUGCGCGUGGUCUCACGCCAGGAUCCUCCACGCAGCGGGUGCAGUGCCACCCUUCGAGUGCGUGCCGUGCGCUUGCAAUGAACACGCUUCUUGUGAUACCGUGGAAGGCCCUUGUGGCUCUUGUCAGCACAACACGACCGGUGCUCACUGCGAGCGCUGUCUUCCCGGCCAUUAUGGAAAUCCAGUCCAGGGUGCUUGCAAGCCGUGCGCCUGUCCAUUGUACCUGCCUUCGAAUAACUUCAGCCCGAACUGCGCUCUAGCCUCUGCUGAAGGCGACGAGUUCGUCUGCACUCAAUGUCCUGACGGCUACACCGGAGACCACUGCGAAAAUUGUGAUUUCGGGUACUGGGGCUCCCCCACGACACCCGGCGGCUCGUGUCAAGAGUGCGCGUGUGGGGGGUCGCCGUGUCAUCCCACUACUGGACUUUGUCUCACUUGUCCCCCGCACACAGAGGGCGCUAGGUGCGAUUUAUGUCAGGAGGGUUACUGGUUUGGAGCGGGCGGGUGGCAAGGGGCGGGCAGUGCGUGCGUGGAGUGCGCGUGCGGCGCCGGAGCCCUGUCUGCCGCCUGCGACGCCAGGAGCGGACUCUGCGCUUGCAGACAAGGCUGGGCUGGACGGGCCUGCGACUCCUGCGCUAGAGGACACGGAGGAUUAUCAGCUGGAUGUCCAGUAUGUCGCUGUGGGAUCGCAGCACGAAACAACAUCUGUGAUCCUGUCUCCGGCGGCUGCCUCUGUGCGCCAGGUGCAGCGCCGCCAUCUUGUGACAAUUGCUUAGACGAACACUAUGGCCUCGACGUUUCCGGCUGUCAAGGUUGCAAUUGUUCCUCAAUCGGUGCUGAAGGCAACUCGUGCGACAUACGAACGGGCCAGUGCCGCUGUAAGUCCCACGUCACCGGCAGAGCCUGCGAUGUGUGUGACGAAGGCUACUGGGGCUUGGACAGAGGUGGCUGCAGACGGUGCGAGUGUGGGUCUGGCGCUUCGUCAUGCGACCCCGUGACGGGAGUCUGCGCCUGUGCCACGGGGGUCGGCGGAGUGCAAUGCGACCGAUGCUUACCUGGAUACUACGGCUUUGGACCUGCCGGGUGUUUGCUUUGUCCCGUUUGCUCGGAAGGAAAAGUUUGCUCUCCGACUAGUGGUCGUUGCGUGUGCCCCGGAGGGUCGUUGGGCCCGGGCUGUAAACAGUGCGCGCGUGGGUACUGGGCCACGUCGCCAGGACACUGCCGGCCCUGCGCUUGCGGACAAGGAGCUCUAAACAAUAACUGUAAUCCACAAAGUGGGCAGUGCAAGUGCAGACCUGGCUGGGCUGGGCUCGUAUGCGACGUAUGCGCGUUCGGACACCACGGACCCAAAUGCAAGCCGUGCGACUGCAACCUCGCUGGCUCGAAGGGCUGCAGCUCGGACUUGUGCCCUUGCGAUAACCGGGGAAGAUGUAAUUGCAAGGAGAACGUUGUGGGGGAGAAGUGCGAGAAGUGCCUCGAAGGCACGUUCGGUCUGGCCGCGGAGAACCCCGUCGGCUGCACGGCUUGCUUCUGCUUCGGUCGCGCGGCGCAGUGCUCACAGGCGGAGCUGGCGCGGGCCGCCGUGCACGCGGCCUCGCCCCUACACAUAGAGCUGCAACGAUCCAAAGACAAUACUGCUAUCACCACCAUGGACCAAGAUUCUCUCUUAGCGAUUCACACGCACUCGCCCGAAGCCACCAUCAGCCUGCCAUGGCCACCGGCUCCGGUCUACGUGGAACUCGACAAGCGCUUCCUUGGGGAUCGAGUGACAUCGUACGGUGGACUCAUCAAGUUUCGAAUAGAGCAGGAGGGGGGAGUGGAACUAGAUCCAGAAGUAAAGGCCAAGUUUCCAUUGGUCAGGAUAUAUGGAAAGAACAUUGUGCUGGACCAUUACGAGCACGUGCCUCCUUUAAACGGGAGUUACUCGAUCCGUCUCCACGAGUCGCUCUGGUGGGUCCGCGGCCACAACGCGCAGAGCUCCCGCGCCGCGCUUAUGCUGGCGCUGCAGAGGGUCGACAGGAUCCUGCUGAGGGUCACCACCAGAGCGCCCAGAUAUGAUGAACACGUCCAUGCUUUGCUAUUAAACGUGUCUCUAGACACAGCCAUUCCGGGCCUGAGUCGCUCAGCCCCAGCGUUAGGGGUUGAGAUCUGCGCGUGCCCUCGCGGCUACUCCGCCUCAUCGUGCCAAGAACCAGACAUAGGCUUCUGGAUGCCACCACCGAGGGUCCACUUGUCUACCGUGAAGGGAACCAUCGUUAUCAGCCUGGAAGGAGAAGCGCAGCCUUGUCAUUGUCAUAACAGAGCUACGAAGUGCGAUCCAGAAACUGGAUAUUGCUUGAACUGCACAGCUGGUACAGGUGGGCCCCGCUGCUCGGUGUGUGCGGCAGGAUUCUACGGCAACCCCAGCGCUCCUGCCGGCUGUCAGCCCUGCCCUUGCCCUUCCAGGGGCAAGAAUUUCGCGUCUGGUUGUAACGUUGCAAUGGGCAGAGUGCAAUGCCUCUGCAAACCAGGCUACAGCGGGCCGCGAUGCGAGUCGUGCGCCGUGGGGUACCGGCGCGACGCGGCGGGCGGGUGCGCACGCUGUACGUGCGGGCGCGGCGCCGUGUCGCGGUGGUGUGACGCACACGACACGUGUCGGUGCCGGGACUACGCCACCGGGCCCACGUGCGACACCUGCCUCGCCCCCAGGACUUACAUGGACACCGAUGGAUGCAUGCCAUGUGACAACUGCACUCAGACAUUAUUGGACUCAAUUGAAGAAGCCUCGUCGAAUUUACGCAAAAAUGCCAAUCCGGCCGAAUUAAAGCGCAUCCCCAAACCAUUCCCGGCUUUAAGAGAGUUCGCACGCAAUACUACAAUCCUAAAAACCGCCUAUGAUUCUUUAAAGAAAUACCUAGAAAACGUUUCAGGACUAGAUAAUUCGAUCGCGAAUUUAGAAGCAACAGAACACAGACUGUUUACAGAAGCGAAUCGAUUAAAGUCGGAAGCUUCUAGACGGUCAGCAGAAGGAGACUACCUGAGCUUAGAGAGCGUUAGCGCUUUGGAGGAUGUGCUGCAAUUGAGGAGGAGGUUGGGCGAGCUGGUGGAGGACCUGGAUGAGUUCGCGAGAGGGGAAAAGCAUUUAAGUGCUCACCGAGCACUGAAGGAAGCGAGACAGCUUUUAAAAGAAAUCAGGAAUGUUCAGCUUACUGAUUUCACCGCUUCGGUUAAUGAUGUUUUUGAUAUGGCGAACCUUCAGACGACAUCACUCAAAGAAUAUAAAUAUCGAAUCGAUGAUACGUAUAAGCGGGUGAAGAAACUCGGUGAAGCGCUGACCGAGUGGGAGCGGAAAGCAGCUGACCUCCACCGUCUGGGCCAGGCGAUGUGGGACGCCGGCGACCAGCUUGUUCAGCUUCAGGAGAAGGUGAAGCCGAGACUUGCUGCGGUCAGAGAUAUCGGACUCAGAUGUCGACUGAUACUUGAAGACAUAAACUCCCUAUCCACAAACAACUUUACCGACGCAAUCGGAGCCAUCCUGCUUCAAUCUCAGACCCUCGCAAUCAAGUUUCCCAGCAUCGACGCGGAGCUAAAGGUGCUCACCCUUGCUGCUGAGGAGAAGGAGGGCAUCCUAUAUAGUCUAACACCAGCUUACAGGCAGAAGUACUUGGAACCGGUCGAGAAACACGUCAAGCAGUUGGCCGAGAAAGCUAUCGAAUAUAAAAAUCUAUUUGCGGGAAGUCGCGCCGCAGCUUCCCUGGGCGUGUCGGCAGCGCAGGCCUGGUCCCGGGUGGCCUCCCUAGUCCAGGAAGCCAGUGAGGCAGCAGAGGAGGCGACUAGAGCAGCCGCAGCCGCCUCCAGUCUCGCUCGCGGCUCAGAACCCAUGCUGCAACUCGCCGGAAAGGGGAAGAACAGUUCUGAAGAUCUAAAGAUGAGAGGAGCCGCUGUGUUGGCCAGAGCUGAAGCCCUAGGCGUAGAGUUGGAAGGCUUAGCCCACGCCACGGACGCGACCAGCGUGACGGUGCGCGGCGCGGCGUGGCGCGUCAGGUCGCUGGGCGCUCGGCCGGAGGCGCGCGUGCUGCCCGUGCUGGAGGCCGCCAGCGCCGCGGCCGACAGACUGUUCCUCACCACGCGAGCCCUGUACGACGAGGCCAGCGAUGUCAGGCGGCUCAUACGGUAUCACAUAAGGAAGCAGCUAGCUGAACUACAGCGUCACGGCGACACCGCGCUAGGAGCCGCUCAGGAACACGUGUCUCAGAUCCGCGGGAACACGGCCCGCGGCGCCGAGGUGGCGGACGCGCUCGCCGCCGCCGCCGCCGCCCGCGCCCGCCAGCACCGCCGCGCCGACCGCACGCUCCGACCCGCGCUCGCCGCGCUCAGGGACAACAUCGAGAGGGCCCGGCAUGCUGCCGAUUCGAUUUCUGUAUCACUGACCUCAAGUCCCGGAGCGCCUGCGGGUUGCUCCCGCGCUUUUCCUACCGAUGGCGCGUCAGGUGCCGUCACACAGAUCGCCAUCGACGUGUCCUUCGACAAUACUGUCAGAGACGGACCUCUCAUACAUUUGGUUGGCGAAAUACAGAAUGACGUAGAAACUUACAUGAAACUGGUGGUGGAGAAGCAAAGGUUGAAGUUGACGUGGAACCUGGGGGGUGAUGAAGGGCUGAUUCUGCAUCCUCAAUUGCUCCAAUCUACGCACGACGACGCCGAUCAUACGUCGUAUAGAAUCGAGAUUGAAAGGAUAUGGAACGUUGUGGAGUUGCGCCUGGAGCAGGCCGGCGGGGCGGUGACGUCAGCGCGGAACAAUAGCGCGCGGGGGGCGGCGCUGCGGGUGCGGGGGCUGUGGGCGGGGGACGCGGCGGGCGGGGGGCUGCCCGCCUGCGUGCACGCGCUGCGCAGUGCGGGCCGCCCGCUCGGCUUGUGGCGCGGUGUGGGCCAGCCUAAAGAUGCCGCCUGCACCGGCUGUACGCACAGAUGGAUGAGUUCGGGGCGCGGCGACUCCAUGACCUGGUUCGACGGGGCUGGUUACGUAGAGCUACGUCGCUCAAGACUGCGCCCCGUUGACAGAAGGCAAUUCUCAAUAGCAUUCACCUUCCAAACGAGAGACGAAAAUGCUUUAUUAUUUAUGGCUACUGACAUUGCCAAUAAUCGUUCAGUGUCAAUAGUAAUGCGUGAAUGCCGAGUGUACUUUAUAGUCGAGUACACAGGAUCCAGGCUGGAACUGGUGGCCCCCGGACGCCACUGUGACGGGAGGCCGGCACAUCUGCAGGCCAUCAGGGCGUUUGCCGCAAAUAAUCUUGAGAAAGGCAGCCUGCGUGUUAACGGCGAGGAGCGGCUGGGCUCCCCCUCCCCGCCCGUGCACCUCCCCGCCGCGCUCCCCGACCUGUCCGCCGCGACGUAUGCCGUGGGGGGUCUGCCGCCCGGACCCGCGGCCCCGGCGCCCCCCCUGCGCGGCUGUCUCGGAGCCCUGUCUAUCGAUAGAGAGGGCUACGACCUGCUGGACACUCCGACGAGACACGGGGUCGAGCCGAACUGUGGCGCCAGGACCAUCCGCUCGGCUAUAUUCGAAGGCUCAGGCCACAUCGAGCUGCCAUCGCCCGUCUUCCGCCGUAAAGCAGCGCUGGGCAUCUCCUUCAGGGCUCGUGCUCCAGACGGCCUGAUUCUCUUCAGAGCGCCCUCCAAUCUGUCGGCUAACGAAGUGGACGAAGAUGGUGACGGACAUUUUAUUGUGUUGGCUCUUAUUAAAGGUGAGCUUGAAGUGAUCGCGUCUGCUGGGAAAAGUGAGCUAGUUCUGCGGACCAACGGGACCAGGUUCGAUGAUGGAAUGCUCCACACUGUCCAAAUCACCAGGAUACAUAAACAGCUGGAACUGUGGGUGGACGACGAGAGAUUGUCGAGCGGUACGCUGCUUGGCAACGCGUUCCCAUCCCGGCCGGGCGGUCUCUACCUGGCGGGUGUCGGACAGCCGGACAGCAUGCGGAUGUCACGGUUUCCUCUCGGACACUUCACCGGCACUCUCUCUGACGUCAUUAUCGAUGCGCAAUUGAUCGGUCUUGAGAGCGCCUUGAACUGGAGUGGAGCCCAGCUCGGUCGCGAGGACAGCGAGCCCCGGAUCCAGCCCAGAACCGAACCAAGAGCCUUGCAGUCGCAACAACAAGACAACGGGUGUACGAAAACGAUGUCGUACACGGUGGAGGCGGGCGCCGUGAAGUUCGGCGACGGGCCGCACAGCCACGCCGUGCUCCGGCUGAAGAAGCGCGGCCGGGACAUCGCGGUCACUCUGCAGCUCCGCACCUACGCCACCGAGGGACUGCUGCUGCUGGCCCCGGGUUCAAAAGCAAAACCGAAGCAUUACAUAGCAGUGAUGCUGCGAGAUGGAAAGCUGCGUCUCGUGAUCCGCGGCAGGAAGAGGAAGGAGAUAGCGUUGAACACCUUCGUAUCGGACGGCACUUGGAGAUCUCUCUCCAUACGCUAUGCGUCCGGCCGCGCCCACGUGAAGUGCGGCGGGGAGACGGGGGCGGGGCGCGGGGGGCGGGCGCACGUGGCCCCCCGCCUGUACGUGGGGGGGCUGCCCCCCUACAGCGACACGUCCGACUACACGCUGCCCAACAACAUCGUCCGCGUGGGCGGGUUCGUGGGGUGCGUGCGGCGCGUGACGGUGGGGGGGCGCGCCGAGGACCUGGUGCGCGACAGCAGGACGCACCACCACGUCGGACAGUGCUUCCCCAACGUCGAACCGGCCGCCUACUUCUCUGGUGACGCAUAUGCAUCUCUGCGGCACACGUGGGGGGCCGGGAGCGGGUCCGACUCGGUCACCGAGCUUCAGCUGCAGUUCAGGACCAGUGAACCCAACGGCGUGCUGUUCGCGGGAGGCGACUUCCUUCUAGAGAUCAAGGACGCUACGGUGGUGCUGAGUCGCGGGGGCGAGGAGGAGGCGGGGUCGGGCGUGCGCGUGCAGGGCGGCGCCGCGCUGUGCGACGGGUCGUGGCACGCGGUGCGCGCCUGGCUGCACGCGCGGCCCGCGCUGGCGCUGGACGGGGCGCCGCGCGUGGACGGGCCCGCGCCCGCGCUGCUCGACAUCGACGACUCCGCCCCGCAAACACCCACCGACUACUACAUAGGAGGCUGGCCCGAAGGCGUAAUGGAGUCUACGGAAGGCGGGAAGAAUUUCAAGGGUUGCAUCCGUGACGUCAGCAUCGGAGGACACAAACGCGAUUGGAACAAAAUGGAUACUUUGCAUAAUGUUCUACUCGACUCUUGUCCUGUGCAACAAUGAAUUCAAUUUCAUUAUUAAACAUUUAUUUUAAACUUUUGUAUAAAACACAAUAUGUGAGAACGAAAACACACAGCCCGUGAUCGAAAAAAUAGCAUUUUGUUUUUUCGUCUGACAUAUAUUUUAUGUUUUUUCUGGGGUCUCGAUACAACUAUAAUUUUUAAGCAAACGAUUUUAAGGAACUUUUUCCUAAAAAUAUUUGCAUCCUUUGCAUAACAAAUUAGAAAAACUUAUUAAUUAAAAAAAGUUGAAAUCAUUAAUAUCCGAUCUUAUUUACUCUAUCGUCGAGAUAAUAAGGCGUUCUUAAUUCGUACGUAUUGUUUCUAAAUAUAUCUAAAUACCACAUAAAGACUGCACCUAAUAAAAUAAGGAAUGUGCCAUUUAAAAGUGCCACAAUCACAUGUUGUAAUUUUUUAGAGGUCUAUAGGUAGGUAAUCUGAGUCGCAAAUAAUCCAGUGUUGAACACAAACCUCUGGUAUAGGUAAAAGAGUGACCAGUAGAAGUUACAGGCGAUCCAUACCGACCAUGUUCUUCUUUAAUAAAAUAAUUUUAAAGCUGUUUCCCAGAUACAAAAUCAAAUCACUUUGUCAGUGGGAUAAUAUCGGUAAUAUUUUGACCAUAUAAUUAUACAUUCAUUACAAUGUAACAUUUGAUUUUAUUAUAAUAAUACACAAGUUUCUUAACAUAUAGAAAUGUGAUUAUUAUUCUAAAAUGGCGACAGAUGGAGACGAAAAUACUCUAAAUAUAAUAAAAUAACAUAAUCAAAAUGAAAAUUUAAACAACAAAUACAGUGAUUUAUUGUCAUUUAUAUUAUAAAUUGUUAAAAACUCAAACAAUAACAACACAGUUAAUUUUUAAAGUUCAUAGGCGAUUUUAGGUAUGUGUCACAAAAUAUUGAGGCUAUUGUAAAUAUUUAUGUAUUAAUAAUAUUUAAAAUAGCUAUUUAACGUUUAAUACUCACUCAUAAUGAAUAAGUAUUCACCAGUAUUCACGUAAAUGUAAUUGUAAAUAAAUUAAUUUUAACCAUUGUGUACAUAACUUAAGAAUAUUUUUAAGUUUUUGCAAAAUAAAACAAAAUUAAUGAUGAUCAUAUUUUAGACUGGAUUUUGUUAUAUCUAUGAAAGUGUCUGAAGUGCGAUUAGGUAUUAGUAUUACGUAGAGGACAUAAUCUAUAUAAUAUAUAAAAAUGAAUUGCUGUUCGUUAGUCUCUCUAAAACUCGAGAACGGCUGGACCGAUUUGUCUAACUUUGGUCUUGAAUUAUUUAUGGAAGUCCAAAGAAGGUUUAAAAGGCAGAUAAAUAUGAAAAUGCUCAGAAUUAAAUAAAAAUAAUAAUUUUGUUUUCCCUGUCAUAUGACCCGUCAUCGGACGGAUUCCUUUUGUUUGUUUUAAGUUUAUUUUAUACAAAAGUUUAGGUCUUUUAUUUAUCCAUUGAGGCACUACGAAAUCUGCCGGGUCAGCUAGUAGAUAAUAAAUAACGACACGGUCUAUGAGGGCAGUGUAUAGUAAUACUAAUAUCUUGUUCGCACACUUCAUUAAGAAAACCAUUAAGGUGUGAUUGUUUUUAGUUUUUCAACUAUGGGUUAUAUUGUAUUAUAGAUACCCAUUUAAUUUUACAGUGCGAUGCGGACAUAUUCUUUGUGACUUCAAAUUCGCUCUUUCUUUUUUUUCGGGUGAACGAGCUCACGACGAACCUGAUUUAAAGUGGUUACCGUUUCACAAUGCAAAUUCGGAACUUAUCAUUGUAACACGUCAAAUAGCUAAAAAUAGGCACAAUAAUGAUAUCUACCCACCCCGGUUUCCGGUCGCAGUAUAGUGAUAUAGUCCAGUUUAUUAGUAGUCCGGAUUAGUCCGGAUUUUAGGACACUCACCUGAAGUAAUGCGCUUGUGUUCUAUUAUAUUUACAAUAGCUAUACAUCUCCUUUGAUGUUAUUGUACUUACGUAAAUUAUUUGAUAAGGCACUACGAAUUUGAAUCCAAUUUGAAAUUGAAUGAAUUAAAUCUAUUUAUUUAUGCGUGAGCUAUUCACAGCUCACAAAACUUCAGGCGGCAAAGCUUGAUAAAGGUUUCACUUUAUUUAGAAUAUAGCUGUUAGUAUGCCGGCAAUAUAUUUUUCCUUCAUGCACAUUCACUCCUUAAGCAAGGGUAGUCCUAUUCCUACCUAUAGAUAUUCCUACCUACAUAGUACGAGUAGGUAUUCCUAGAGAUAUCUGCGUUUGGUAUUAGUAAAAAAAACAUGAAGUUCUAGAAAAGGCGGGCUGUUCGUAUUUUUUUAAAAUCCAGCCUUCAAGAUAUUGGCGCCACAACCCAGAGCUACUAGUUUACGCAUGUAUCAAAAUUAUCCCGGCGAGGACAGAUUAUUUAUACUUUUAAAUAGAAUAAAUUGAUAUUAUUUUAAAGGCACAAUAAUUAAACGGAAGCAUUUAAAUACCUAUCUUUGUUUAUCGUUAGUCAGUCAGAUGUAUUUUUUUGGUUAGAAUUAAGUUUUUUUAGCAAAAAAGUUCUUGCAAUGACAAAAACGAAAAUUAACAGUUGUAAUUUAAAAUUGUAAUCGAUAGAUAGCACGUUAGAGUUAAACCUAAAUACUAAAAUGAUGUUUUCAAGAAUCGAAGAAAAUGUUUAUACAGUAACUGUUCACAUCUUACAACUUAAAAUAUUUUGUACAUAGGUAGGUAUGACGAUAUUAGGUCAAUAUAUUUUUUCAAGCUCGUACAAUUUUUGUACCUCCAACUAUUUUGUUUGCCAAAUUUUUUGGUUGUUUUACUUCUAUGUCAACCUAAACUUUUUGUAAAUGUCAAAAUAAUUGUCAGUCAAGUUUUUGCAAUUGUAAAUAAUCUGAAACUAUGAAGGGCACAGCUUUAAUAGUUAAACUUUAAUCGAUUAUGUGUUAGAUCACAAAUUAAUUUAUUGCUUUUUUCGUGUUCAAUAAAAAAAUAAACAUUUUGUAAAUAUGA